AUGGUUUGGUUUAUGAGGUGCAGUGCAUCUGAUUUCCCAAGGGAGUAUGAUGGUGCCUGUGUUCAGAUGAGAAUGUCUUAUAGCCCGGCUGCACAGUUCUUUCUUUUCUUCGUUCAAUGGUCCGAUUGCCACCUGGCCGGUGCUCUUGGACUCUUGCGGAUCCUCAUUUUUCAGGUUUAUGCAGAUGGCACCACCACCAUGUCUACUCAUGAAAGGAAGGCUAGCAUUAGAGAAUUCUAUGGUAUUAUAUAUCCAUCUUUGAUGCAACUUCAAAGUGGUGUGAGUGAUUCGGAAGAGAAAAAACAGAAGAAGGUAUGCAUGGAAAGGUAUAAGAAAAGAGAAGAUGAAGAUCAUAAUCGGUGUUCUGAUGUUGACAUUGAACGUGAAGAAGAAUGUGGUAUUUGCAUGGAGAUGAAUGGCAAACUUGUUUUACCAAAAUGUAACCAUGCAAUGUGCUCAAACUGCUAUAACGAUUGGCGAACAAGGUCGCUAUCAUGCCCGUUUUGCCGGGUGAGUUUAAAGCGAGUCGACUCGGGGGAGUUGUGGGUGUACGUUGACUAUAAGGAAACAAUUGACAUGGCAACAAUAACAAGAGAAAAUUUGAAAAGAUUGUUCAUGUAUAUAGACAAGCUGCCUCUUGUUGUCCCUGACUCAAAUUUUGACACCUAUGAUUCGCAUUUGAUAUUUGGAGUUUGGUUUGCAGAGCUUUUGGAGUUAUCGUUAAUGAUAAUCUUGACUAUUGGUUUCAUAUUUUCUUUUGGGGUUCGUCUUUAA